CCCCGAGGGGGCGGGGUGGGUAGACGUCAUCAGGGAGCGCGGGGAAGAGGCGCUGUGAUCUCUGAAUAAAGAAUGGCAACAGCUGCUGGCGAGACAGGUCGUUCCCCAGGCUCCGGACUCACCAAGUUGCAGUUUGCUCCAUUUACUAGUGCCUUGGAUGCUGGAUUCUGGCAUGAACUGACCCAGAAAAAGCUUAAUGAGUAUCGCCUGGAUGAGGCACCAAAGGACAUCAAGGGUUAUUAUUAUAAUGGCGAUUCAGCUGGCCUGCCAGCACGUUUAACUUUGGAGUUCAGUGCUUUUGAUAUCAAUGCUCCUACCCCAGCCCGCUGCUGUCCAGCCGUUGGAACCUUAUUUAACACCAACACUCUCGAGUCCUUCAAGACUUCAGAUAAGAAGCUACUUUUGGAAAAAGCAGCAGAGGAGAUUUGGGAAUCAAUAAAAUCAGGCACUGCCCUUGAAAACCCCGUGCUCCUUAACAAGUUCCUGCUCUUGACAUUUUCCGAUCUAAAGAAAUACUACUUCUACUACUGGUUUUGCUACCCUGCCCUAUGCCUUCCAGAGGGUGUGCCCCUUCUUCAGGAGCCAAUACGUUUGGAUCAGAAGUUUUCUCCAAGCCAGAUUCAAGCCCUUGAAUGUGCAUAUGAUAAUCUUUGCCAGGAAGAAGGAGUCACAGCAUUGCCUUACUUUUUAAUUAAGUAUGAUGUAAACUCCGUCUUGGUCUCCUUGCUUAAACACUGCAAUGAUUUCUUCCAAGAUCAAAGGAAAAAGAUUACAGUUGGAGUAUAUGAUCCCUGUAAUUUAGCACAAUAUCCCGGAUGGCCAUUGAGGAAUUUAUUGGUCCUGGCAGCAUACAAAUGGAGUGACCGUUUCCAGUCAGUUGAAGUCCUCUGCUUCCGGGACCGGACCCUGCAGGGGAUGAGGGACAUCACCCACAGCAUCAUCUUCGAAGUCCAGCUUCCACGGCUAGCAUGUCACUCAGAUUGCCCAAAAGCUGUAGGUUGGGAAAAGAACCAGAAAGGAGGCAUGGGCCCAAGGAUGGUGAACCUUAGUGAAUGUAUGGACCCCAAAAGGCUGGCCGAGUCAUCUGUGGAUCUGAAUCUUAAAUUGAUGUGUUGGCGGUUGGUGCCUACUUUGGACUUGGACAAAGUUGUGUCUGUUAAAUGUUUGCUACUUGGAGCUGGUACCCUGGGCUGCAAUGUAGCCAGGACAUUAAUGGGUUGGGGAGUCAGGCAUAUCACCUUCGUGGACAACGCAAAGAUCUCUUACUCAAACCCUGUGAGACAGCCCUUGUAUGAAUUUGAGGACUGCUUGGGAGGAGGAAAGCCAAAGGCCCUUGCUGCGGCAGAUAGGCUGCAGAAAAUAUUCCCAGGAGUGAAUGCUGCAGGAUUUAACAUGAGCAUCCCCAUGCCGGGUCACCCCGUCAACUUUUCCAACGUCACCAUGGAACAAGCUCAAAAAGAUGUGGAACAACUGGAGAGGCUCAUUGAGGACCAUGAUGUGAUUUUCCUAUUGAUGGACACCAGGGAAAGCCGAUGGCUUCCUGCCGUCAUUGCAGCAAGCAAGAGGAAGCUGGUCAUUAAUGCUGCCUUGGGAUUUGACACAUUUGUUGUCAUGAGACAUGGACUGAAGAAGCCCAAACAACAUGGGGCCGGGGACCCACAACCCAGCCAAAUCACUGCAUCUGCUGACCUAGGAUCGUCCCUCUUUUCCAACAUCCCUGGCUACAAAUUGGGCUGCUACUUCUGCAAUGAUGUUGUGGCACCAGGGGAUUCAACCAGAGAUCGGACUUUAGACCAGCAGUGCACAGUCAGCCGGCCGGGACUAGCCAUGAUCGCGGGAUCCUUGGCAGUGGAGCUGAUGGUUUCUGUCCUACAGCAUCCAGAAGGGGGCUAUGCAGUUGCUAGUAGCAGCGAUGACCGCAUGAAUGAACCUCCUACUUCACUUGGGCUUGUGCCUCAUCAGAUCCGAGGGUUUCUAUCAAGAUUUGAUCACGUCCUUCCUGUCAGCCUGGCCUUUGACAAGUGUACUGCUUGUUCCUCUAAAGUCCUUGAUCAAUAUGAGAAAGAAGGAUUUAAUUUCCUGGCAAAAGUGUUUAAUUCUUCACAUUCCUUUUUAGAAGACUUGACUGGACUUACUUUGUUGCAUCAAGAGACUCAAGCUGCUGAGAUCUGGGACAUGAGUGAUGAUGACACCGUCUGAAGCAGGGACAGAUUCCUGGUGGCCUCUGGCUCAAGGUGACCAGCCCCCAGUCCCUUGCCGUGUUCACCAGCCACCAUCUCCCCUCUUGGCCUGCUUCCCACCCGGACACAGCCAGUGUCCUCCAGGCCCAAGGCCAGACUGACUCCUCUGGGAGCUGGAAUGCUUCACCUCCGCUUCUACACUUCCAGUGUCGACAGACAUUGGCUCCUUGUGUGCUUCUGUGCUGUGACUCAUGGGUCACAUACAUGCCUACUAUCCAUAACAGGCUGUUUCCAUUUUUCUACUUACUUUUCCCAUCAGUCCUGGGCUUUGGAAUCUCCCUCCAGCUUCCCUUUUCCUUCACCUUGGCAAAUAUUUGAUAUUCAAACUAGCCGGGAUUACCCACCCCCACAGGUGGGGAGAGCCAGUCAUUCAGCAGUAGGAAGACAGCACUGGCCUGUGGGUCUGAGGGCUCCUAGUUCACAGCAUUCAGAAAAGUCCCAGAGGAAGAAAGAAAUCUCUCCCCAGGUACAUUGUUACCCCCACUUAAAGAAUAAUGCCUUGCUUCCUGUCAUUCCUGACCAGAACCAAAAUGUCCCUGCCACCUUCUCAUUCCUUCCUUUUAACCUCGGGUGCCACGAUGCAUGUUGGGAAGGGAGCAUUCACACCAUGCUCUUGUUCCUUCUAGAGCCCCUGGGUGUGGGCACUGCCCCGCCAGCAGGCUAGGAGGGAGAGGGGAAGCAAACCCUUCCUGUCUUCCUCUUCUCUUGGACCAGGAGUUCUAGUGUCCUCCCAGACCCCACUGUGGGCCAAAAGCACAGCAAUAACACUUUCCCCAGUGGGCUUUCUCAUCCCCUCCCCCCGCUGGUGUGCACAGCACCCACAAUGCCCUUAAAGGGCAAAGACACCGAUGGAAAGCCAUUUCUGCCAGCAUCUUGAGUUUGGCUCAGCUACAAGCUCACCAGCACUGAGCCAGGGCCCAGAGGUGCUGUCCCAAACCUUUGACCUGCUCCGCUCUCCCACCUGUCCUGAAGGCCAGAGAGGAGCCUGCAGACGUUACAGAGUGCAGCCCUCACCAGCAAACUCAGAUCCCAAGCAGGUCAUCUGUUCUCCAUUCCCUCCUCUGUUAAAUGAAGGGGCUGUGCUUGGUGAUGGAGUUCUAAAGUCCCUUCCAGCUCCAGCAGCCUAGUGGCCAGUCUGACAAGCCUCAGGCUUCCUCAUUAAGAAAGAACCCCAUGGGGGUCGACUCGUGGUCGUUUCCUCACCUCUCCCUGUGUCCAGAGAAACAGCUUACCGUGGCACUGGGUGCAGAAUGGGAUGGGGGAGAGGAGGGCCCCUGGGAUCAGAGCCUGUGAGAAGGGUGCAAUGAAAGCCAUAUGACCGAGGGGAGCAGGGAUUAAAGAGUCGGCAAAGCC